ACGUACGUGUGUGCAUUGCCGCUAAAGUUGAACUGUUGGUGUCACUUGCAACAACAUCUCUUUGAUAUUUGUUCGUAUUUGCACCUCUAAGAAAAUAAUUUUAUAAUGAACACAAAGAAACCGCAGGCGUGUGAUGUGACGGAAAAUCACUUUCGUGUUAUUUUAACGUUCCUGCGAAUGGCAGGCGUCAAAAUCAACAUGAAGAAAGCAUCCAUACUAAACUCAAUCUACAAUGUCUUCACGGCAAUCAAUGUUUACGCGCUGUACAUCGGAAUGUAUGUGGAUAUCAGCGAACACAACGAUGACUUGAAGAAUUUUAUGAAGACUUUCCUUGUACUGAAUUGGUUGCACCUUAAUUUAAGCUGGCGUUUACGCGAAGUUGAGCGUUUGCUUCGUCUCACGGAAUCCUUCACAUCGGAAGAUCAGCCGGCCAACGAUCCUGACACCGGGCACCGUACACUAGCGGGGUGGAUACCUCAACUUCAGAAAGUUAUGAAGUAUUCCUUUGCAUUCGUAGCUUCCUAUCAUCUGGUACAAUCAGGAGUACGGAUAUAUACGUGUAUAUCCCAUGAAUUGGUGUUCAGAACGUGGCAACCUUUUGAUAUUGUCAGCAGUCCGGGAUACGAACUCACACAUCUCAUAUGGCGUUUACGUGAUUUUGAGCGUCUGCUUCGUCUCACGAAAUGCUUAACUUGGGAAGACCAGCCGACCAGAGAUCCUCACACCGGACACCGUACAUUCGCGGGGUGGAUACCUCACCUUCAGAAAGUUGUGACGUAUUCCUUUGCAUUCGUAACUUCAUUUCAUCUGGUACAAUCAGGAUUACGGAUAUAUAUAUCCCAUGAAUUGGUGUUCAGAACGUGGUACCCUUUUGAUAGUGUCAGCAGUCCGGGAUACGAACUCGUAAUCAUCAUGCAGAUAUUUGCAUCAAUCUUCGGCUUGAGUGUUUUCUUCGGCUUCCAAUUCUUAUAUGCUACGCUGAUUAUGGUCGCGUGCAGUCAGCUGCAGAAGCUCAGAACGAACCUCUUGGACAUAAAGCAGGAAAUGGUUCCAUCAGGAGAUGAGUCUGGGAGUGAUGGGAGAGAAGAGCCAGUUUCCCGCUCCAAGGACGGGUUCUGCCGCAUGCAGACACAACUGAACGAGUGCGUUCGGCACCAUCAAGCCAUACUGCAGUACAUGCGAGCUCUGGAAGACACAAUGAACUUCCUGCUUUGUGGUCUGCUCCUGUUACUGCUUGCCACACUCUGCUUUGUUUCCUUCUCCGCUGUCGCGAGCUGGGGAGACAUAACCGACUUAACGCAAAUUCUCAUCAUAUAUGUAGUGACGAUAUUUUACGUCUGUCUGUUCUGCGCACUUGGGACGGAACUCACGCUACAGGCAGAAAGGGUGAGAGACGCUGCCUGGGGUUGCGACUGGGUGGGAACCCCUGUCCCAUUUCAGCGCUGUCUGGCCUUCAUCAUCGCCACAGCCAACAAGGAGUUCACACUCACAGCCGGGAAAUUUGUUCCCGUGUCCAACUCCACCAUGAUGAGUAUACUGCAAGAGUCCAUCUCCCUCUUCAUGUUUCUACUCACCAUGAAGGACAAGAGUGAAGAAACUGUUACGGAGUAUCCUAUUCACCAUGAAAGACAAGAGUGA